AGAAAAAAUAGUACUCAAGGUCGAGAGAGAGAAAAUGACGACAACACGAUCCAUUGAUUCUUUCAAGGCUCUCACUUUCGACUGCUACGGCACCCUUGUGGACUGGGAGUCGGGCAUUUACAACAACCUCCAGCCCUUGAAUCAGCAGCUUGACGACUCGCACCCUCUCAAGAAUGACCGUCUCGGACUGCUUCGCGCCAUAGUCCGGCACGAGGGCCUCGUCCAAACUGCCAAUCCGACCUACCUCUACCAUAAAGUUCUGGCUGAAGCCUAUGGCAAUCUUGCCGCUGAGCUAGGCGUCUCGGCCGACGAAGAGGCCAAGGCCGAGUUUGGAUACAGCGUUGGCCGUUGGCCCAUCUACCCAGACACGCUCGAUGCCCUGAAUCGGCUGCACAAGCACUUCAAACUGGUCAUCAUCUCCAACGUGGAUCUCGAUUCGUUCAAGCGCACACUUGAGAAGCAGUUUCUAGGCUUUCCCUUUGACGCUGUGUACACGGCGCAGGAAAUUGGCUCGUAUAAACCCGACUUGAGAAACUUUCGAUAUCUCAUUGAGCACUGCGACAAGGACCUAGGGGUGAAGAAGGAAGACAUCUUGCAUACGGCACAAAGCCUGCACCACGACCAUGUACCGGCGAAGCAGGUUGGACUAGUGAGCGCGUGGAUCGAGCGAGGAGAGGAAGUUGAGAGUGUCAUGGGCGGGGAUCCGAAAGAGUAUGAGGAGAGGGUGGCAUAUUCGUGGAAAUUCAAGAACAUGAAGGAGAUGGCGGAUGCAGUUGAUGCUGCUGCUGCGAAGAGCGCCUAGAGACAUCCAUCCCGGGUCUGGAUUCUGCGUUGUAAAAGAUAGAGAAGCCAAAUAGUUUUAUUGUAGCUAUUUUUGUUUAUGAUACUUUGGCGUCAACGACCCGAAACUUGAUCUUGAAUAAGCAUCAGCCCAUUUCGUCGAUGAUGUGGCCCAGCAAUCCUCAUCCGACCUUGAUGAAGUGCAUUGUUGG